CGUGACUAUCGCUCAUAGCCACAAUGAAGCUACGCACGUCUAAGAUGCCAGAUGCCGGACAAAUAUUGACAUGUCAUCUAAGUUCAACGGGGAGCGGGAGCGGGAGCGGGAGCGGGAGCUGGUGCUUACUUCGUUAACGCCACCGAGGCCACGCAUAAGUUACGCUCCAGUACAGAAGUGCCUUGGGCUUACUGUAGCCUUUUCAGGCACGACCACGCUAGCCCCUCACCCUCGCCAAGAAGUAGGUACCCCUCAGCCCCUCUGCCCCUCCAUGCAUCUCACCAGCUUCGAUUCUUGUUUCUUGAGGCAGACGUAAUCAUUUAGGCUCAACAUUUCGUGUGUUAAGAAGAAGCUCAAUCGUCAGAAAUCAUAACUCUUCAAAUCUCGCAAGUCGACGAAACCUGUUCCUUCUCAGACUCAAUGGCAGCUUCAACAUUAGCACCACCAGCAGACAGUGAACUGUCGAGUACAGACCAAAAGCCAGACAUCAGCGCCAAAUACGACAUCCCAAAGCCAGAGCCUUUCAUUUCCUUCAACGCCCUCAAAGAUCGUAUCCGACACCAUUAUGAGCUUGCCUCGGACUACUACUUUUCUCUCUGGUAAACCUGUAUCCACAGUCUCUUCACAUAAUUCACGCGCUAAAGUCACCGGCAGGGGGGAACAUAUCCAUCACGGCUAUUUUCUUACUCCCUCCGACACCAAGGAAAGAGCGCAAGUCCAGUUGAUCGAACUUCUGCUCGAGAAGUCAGGAUUACCAACCGGAAGUUCCGUUCUUGAUGUCGGAUGCGGAAUUGGUGGAACCUCACGCCAUCUUGCCAAGGUACACGGUUGCAAUAUUCUCGGUGUGACGAUCAGUGGACGACAAGUUGAAAUUGCGCGAAAAUUGACUCUAGAAGCUGCUGGGGAAAAAUCAGAUACUCCUGAUACAGGGGCCCCUGUGAAGAUAGCCGAUGGAUCAGUUCGCAUCAUCGAAUUGGAUGCAGAGAAGAUGGGAGACUACUUUAGUACGGAGCCGAAUGUUACCAAGUUUGACUGUGUUUGGAUUUCGGAGGCUAUGAGCCAUCUACCGAAUAAAGAGUUGUUCUUCCGGAACGCAGCAUUGUUACUGAAUCCUGGAGGAAGGCUGGUUGUUGCGGAUUGGUUCAAGGAUGAAAACUUGACGGAAGCUCAGUUCAAGGCCGACAUCUCUCCCAUUGAAGAUGGCAUGCUUCUCCCACCUCUUUGCAGUCAGAUGGAUUACGUCCGCUUAGCAAACGGUGCAGGACUCAAGAUGUUCGCGGAGCCAUUCGACAUCAGUAAACAAGUCUCAAAGACAUGGGACAUCUCAUGGGCCCUCAUCCAGAAUCCCGCACUUUGGGCCUUUGCAGUGGCACAGGGUAGAGAUGGGCUUGCCUUCAUGCAAGCGUUCAGGGCUAUGAGACGGGGAUUCGCAAAUGGAACAUUCCGAUACGCUGUGAUGGCAUUUCAGAAAUGAGAUGGUGGCAUGAUACCAGAUCUUGCGUCGCUGAGAUCCGAUGACAUGCCGGCUGGCACGUGAUGCACCUUGAGAUUUCAUCUUAGACUACCUAAUGUCUCUACACUCAGCUUGUAGCACUUGAUACAUAUCUCAAUAGAUCAUAGAAAUCUUAUGGGAGUUUACGUGGUGCAUUAUAUGGGACCUCUACCCCGUGGCACAAAGUAUAUUCCCGUUGAUCCAGGGGAACAGAGCAGGGUCAACACAAGCAGACCAACCAAACCAAAACCCCUCCUCAUAUCAGUAAAUGUUCAGAGCAG